AUGAGCGCUUCUUCUCCUUCUUCUUCCUUCGGGGAGCUUUACACUAAAUGGUUUGAGGAGCUGCAGGGGGUGGUGCAGCGGCUGAAGGAUGAGCGUAACGACGAGGUGAUGGAGAAGGUUAUUGGAAAGCACCAGCACUACUACAGAGCAAAGUGGGAGGCAGUGGAGAAGGACCCUCUCAACAUGUUCCUCUCUCCCUGGGCUACCUCCCUUGAACGCUCCCUCCACUGGAUCACUGGGUGGCGCCCCACCACCGCCUUCCACCUCAUCUACACUGAGUCUUCCCUCCUCUUUGAGUCUCACAUAGUUGACAUCCUCCAAGGCUUCCGUACCGGCGAUCUCGGUGACCUCUCCCCCUCCCAGUUCCGCCUCAUGAGCGAUCUCCAGUGUGAAACUGUGAAAGAAGAGAACAUAAUUACAGAAGAGUUAUCAGAAUGGCAGGAAACUGUGAGCGAAAUGAUGGGUCCAGACAGAGAGAUAGAUGAGAAGAUGGAUGAGAAGAUUGUUGAGCUGAUCAGCAUCAUAAAGAAAGCAGAUGAUUUACGGUUGAGAACGCUGCGGAAUGUGGUGGGGCUGCUCUCCAAACAGCAGGCUAUUGAAUUCCUGAUUGCCUCAGCAGAGUUACUCAUCGGGAUUCGAUGCUGGGGAAUGAACCACGAUGGUGCAUAG